GGCGUCAGAAGGGGCGCGCAGCAGCCGGACCACGGCGACAGCAUUUUGAAAAAAGCUCCAUAUUUGAGCAACUCUCGCUCGUUCGUCUUCAGCCCGGACGACGCCUGGUUCUCCGGAGCAAAGACGGUCGCUGUCACGCGUCGGGGGUUGUUAUUUUAAUGUUUAAAACCCGGGGAGUUGUGGAUUUCUGUGAUCGCUACUAACACCAGCUAGCUGCUUAGCCAAGCGAGCUAAUACGGUAGUUAGCGGAGGGAAGCGCGAGGAGGAGGAGGAGGGGUGGAUUGAGGAACGCUAUUCGGUACGCAGGCUCCUCCAGCGCAGGGGAAUGUGAGCCAGAGGCGCACGGGGGAUUUGCUCGCUUCGUCCCGAACGUCCUUACGACAAACUACCGGGAUGGGACAGCAGGUAGGCCGCGUCGGUGAGGGCACAUCGACCGGACUCCAGCCGCCACAGCCCCACGCGUCCCAAGCACACCAAGGCAAGGGGAACCGGGCAAGCGUCGCCGGGAGGAGACCCCGAGAACCCGGCAGUAACACCGGUACACCGCCGGGCAGGACUACUGCAAUCAACGUGCCUGACCCGUCGAUCAAUAUAUUCACGAAGCAUUCAGAAGCUCUCCACAGGCCAUUCGGGCUGGAUUCUGCGGCCCUGACAGAAGCGGUACGCUGGAGCUCCAAGGAGAACCUACUGGGGGCGGCUGAGAGCGACCCCAACCUUUUUGUUGCACUUUAUGACUUUGUGGCCAGUGGAGACAACACGCUCAGCAUCACUAAAGGAGAGAAGCUGUGCGUGCUGGGCUACAACCAAAAUGGAGAGUGGAGCGAGGUUCGCUCCAAGAAUGGCCAGGGUUGGGUCCCUUCCAACUACAUCACGCCUGUCAACAGCCUGGAGAAGCACAGCUGGUACCACGGGCCUGUGUCACGCAGUGCUGCAGAGUACCUGCUUUCAUCCCUCAUCAAUGGCAGCUUCCUUGUUCGCGAAAGCGAAAGCAGCCCCGGACAGCUGUCCAUUUCCCUCCGCUACGAGGGGCGAGUUUACCACUACCGGAUCAACACUUCAUCGGAUGGAAAGGUGUAUGUGACAUCCGAGAGCCGCUUCGCCACCCUGGCCGAGCUGGUCCACCACCACUCCACUGUAGCCGACGGCCUGGUCACCACACUGCACUACCCGGCGCCCAAGUGCAACAAACCCACCGUGUACGGUGUGUCGCCCAUCCACGACAAGUGGGAGAUGGAGCGCACCGACAUCACCAUGAAGCACAAGCUGGGAGGCGGCCAGUACGGCGAGGUGUAUGUGGGCGUGUGGAAGAAGUACAACCUUACAGUGGCUGUCAAAACGCUUAAGGAAGACACCAUGGAAGUUGAGGAAUUUCUGAAAGAGGCUGCUGUCAUGAAGGAGGUUAAACAUCCAAACCUGGUUCAGCUUCUUGGUGUGUGUACGUUGGAGCCUCCAUUUUACAUCGUGACAGAGUACAUGCCCCACGGCAACCUUCUGGACUACUUGAGAGACUGCGACAAGGAGGAGGUGAAUGCUGUGGUUCUGCUUUACAUGGCCACACAGAUCUCCUCAGCAAUGGAAUACUUGGAGAAAAAGAACUUCAUCCAUAGGGAUCUUGCGGCAAGGAACUGCCUGGUCGGGGAGAAUCACGUGGUGAAGGUGGCAGACUUUGGUUUGAGCAGGUUGAUGACUGGUGACACCUACACUGCACACGCUGGGGCUAAAUUCCCCAUCAAGUGGACUGCGCCGGAGAGCCUUGCAUACAACACCUUCUCGAUCAAGUCUGAUGUAUGGGCGUUUGGGGUCCUGCUAUGGGAAAUUGCCACCUAUGGAAUGUCUCCGUACCCCGGCAUCGAUCUGUCUCAGGUCUAUGACCUUCUAGAGAAGGGCUACCGCAUGGAACAGCCUGAGGGAUGCCCGCCAAAGGUCUAUGAACUCAUGAGGGCAUGCUGGCAGUGGAGUCCAUUGGACCGGCCAUCGUUCGCAGAGAUCCACCAAGCUUUUGAAACAAUGUUCCAUGACUCCAGCAUCUCAGAAGAGGUGGCAGAGGAGCUCUGUAAGACAGCCUCCUCCGGUCACGGCGGUCCCCUGCACUCUUUUGACACGCCCCUGUUGCCCUCCAAAUCCCGCACAGUCCUCAAGCACACGGAAAACAAGGAAAACAUCGAGGGCGGGCUUGACGGGCGGCCGGACCACGGCACCCAUGGUCCCUCAGGCUGGACUUCUCUAUUAGGAGGUGACGGACGCACAGGCAGUUCCCCAGCGCUGCCCAGAAAACAGCAGCCCCGUGAUAAAUCUCCCGGCAGCCUUUUAGAGGACGCAUUGGACACGGGCACAUUCUCACGAGACCGCAAGACUAGCUUCUUCAGCUCCUUCAUCAAAAAGAAGUCGUCGUCAUCGUCUUCCUCUUCUUCCUCGCCGUCCUCCCAGCACCAACAGAAUCUCCCCACACCUCCUAAAAGGAACAGUUCCUUUCGGGAGAUGGAGACGCAGCCACACAAGAAAUAUGAGCCCACUGCUGAUUUCAGCCCCCCGCCUCCGCUGCCACAGUCAGACAGUUUAGGGGGCUUCUCCGCUUCCCCCUCUCAUUCCCAUGGCGAGCCCGCCCAGACUCAGUCACGCUGCUGUGGGGCCACAUUUGGACAGAAGCCCUCUGGUGUGGGACUUGUUUCCCAGGUAACAAGCGGCAGCAGCUGGGGAGGACUCGCCGGAUUUUUUACCCCGAGGCUUAUCAAAAAGACCCUCGGGCUGCGGACAGGAAAGGCAGUCUGCUCAGGGGAUGGUGGAAACAUGGUUGGGCGGGCUAAACCCUUACCUAGGUCCAAUUCUACCUCCUCAAUGUCAGCCGGGUUGCCUGACCUGGAGCGUAUUGCUCUGACUUUACCUAGGAACCGCAGUGCUAAAACCCCUUUGGAAAGGACUGCUUCAACCACCUCCCAGCCGGAGAACGGGGCUGCACGUCCUCCCGAAACUCUGCUCAGGAGGAUGGAUGAGGGGACUGCACAGAUCAGGGAAAGGCCCAAAGCCAAGCUCCUACCCCGGAGCACUGUCGCAGGAGGGCGGCCACCAGGGAUCGCGGGGGAAGUAGGUGAAUCGGACAAUGCGUCCCGGGUGAGGGAGGGUAGAGAGGAUGGUGGGGCAGGACUGGAAAGGCAGCAAAGCUGGUCGUCCCCCUCGAAGACUUCGAGUUCAGCUGCGUCAUCGAGCGCAGCAGGUGCACAAACUCACAACCACAAAGUUCCAGUUCUCAUCUCCCCCACGUUGAAGAACAGCCCAGGCGACGUGCACCUCGUCGGGCUGGACUCUCAGGGGAACCGCUUCAAACUGCUGUCCGAGCAUCAAGCUGACCGGGACAGGCCGCGGCUCGUCAAACCCAAGUGCGCUCCGCCCCCUCCGCCAACCUUACGCAGCAUGCAACACUCCUACAGCAGCGAGGGAGAGGAGCAGGUAGGAGCCACACCGGUCGAAGUCAACGGAGAUGCAUUAAAAGGCCAAAGGUCGGGGCGGUUGUCAGGUGGAAUGACCUCGAGCAGACCAUUAGUGCCACCACCACAAGUGCCUCCUGCUUCUUCCACAACUCCCACUAAAAUGGCCAACGGAGCACCCAGCAGCACCUCCUCCUCCUCACACUCCACAGCACCCGCUGGCUCAAAAGUGGCACUACGGCGAACCAGACAGCAGUCGGAGAGGGUUCCGCCGGAGCGGGUCAGCCGCGAGGUCCUGCUGGAGUGUGCAGAGUGUCUGAGCAGCGUCCUCCACAUCAGCUCCGAAAGCCCAUCCAGCAGCCAAGUCCUGGACGCCGGCCACCAGUUGCUGGACUACUGUUCAGGUUACGUGGACUGCAUCCCCCAAAUGAGGAACAAGUUUGCCUUCCGCGAGGCAGUGGGGAAGUUGGAGCUCAGCCUCCAGGAGCUGAGGGCCUCGUCCUCAGGUGGCGGAGUGCCGAGCUGCAUGGGCUCCAACAGCAUACUAGACAACCUGCACAGCUGUAUUAAAGAGAUUAGCGAUGUAGUCCAGAGGUAGCCGACACUAACAGUCACACCACAACAGAAUUCUCUUUCGGAUUCCUUUAACUGUAUUUGACAUGAGAAUAAUGUGUAACGUACCUCAGAGAAAUCACUACAAAAUAUAAUCUUUUGAUUGUUUACAUACAUCUGUUUCAUAAAACGCCAGUGUGCACACUUCAUUUUGGUUCCGUCUGACCUGUACAUAUACUGAUGACCGCGUAUGCCAAAUUAACGUUGUUCAACUCCAAAUUGUAAAAUGUUUGCCUCGCGCCGGCCAUAAACGUGAAUGAAUGUCGCCAGCACAGAUUGCCGUUAAAGUCCAAGCUCACUCUGCUUGUGUUUCAGUCUGUCGAUUGUGCUCAGCCUUACUGACGAGUAGACAGUCGUUUCCCCCUGUCAAGCUCAAUGUUUCAUGAAUGUGUGACUCAUCGGUCGGGUGCACUGUGUUUCUUGGAGCAUUUUUCUCAGUGUCUAGCAACUGAGGCACCAUAACUAAUUCUUGAAAGCCAUUUUAACCAACAGAUAGGAAACCACAUCAUCAUCAUGAUAGCGCUCUUUUUUUCUAUCCAUCCAUCCAUUUUCAGAGCCGCUUAUCCUCACAAGGGUCGCGGGAGUGCUGGAGCACAUCACAGCUAUCAUCGGGCAGAAGGGGGGGUACACCCUGAACUGGUUGCCAUCCAAUCGCAGGGCACAUAUAAACAAACAACCAUUCGCACUCACAUUCACACCUACGGGCAAUGUAGAGUCUUCAGUUAACCUACCACACAUGUUUUUGGGAUGUGGGAGGAAACCGGAGUGCCCGGCGAAAACCCACGCAGGCACGGGGAGAACAUGCAAACUCCACACAGGCGGGGUCAGGGAUUGAACCCCGGACCUCAGAACUGUGAGGCAGAUGCUCUAACCAGUGGCAUCGUACAGCCCGCUUUUUUUCAAUUUGAUUUAAAACAUGGUCAGGUUUUGUGUUUUAUUAGAGGGCUAGGCAUUUCACAAAAUUUUCUUGAUUGACUCUGCGAUCAAUUAAUAAUUUUUUGUGUGUGUGAUUGGAGGUGUUCUGAACCCCUGCUUUGAUGCCAGUCUUGUAUUGAGCAGAACGACGCUACCUGAGGGAGUUGUGCCAUAGUGUGGAUGUAGCUCAAUUUACAGCUGACGUCAUGUUCCUUAGAACAACCAACAAGUGCAUUUAUGUUGCUUCAGUUUUAAUCCACACUCACUUCUACACGAUUGGGAGAAUUCUAUAAGACCCUGUAAAGUGAAUUCAGAUAUUUGUUUCUAAAUACCUUACACAUGUUUGUACAUGUACUGUGUAGUACUAAAUUCUGGAGAUAGAGCGUUAAGCUGUUGUCACCAUUCCAGUUUUCCUUAUUAUUAUUUAUUUUGGGGGGGGGGGGGGGGGGGCGUACGUGGUUUAAACAGCACCUGAUGUCGCACUUCAGCAUCUGGCAUGAGUUGCCCCUCCCCCACUGUAAGAACUUGAGCACUUUCGUUAGCAUCAAUGGUUAUCCGGUGCAGUUACGACUUGAGUUAUUUCGAAUCAGAAUCCAUUUUUCACUGGGCUGUGUUUUCAGGCAUUCAGCGCGCACACCACAGCGUUUGAGAGGUGAGACAACGGUGUGAUUUUUCACAAUUUCUAAGCCUUAUUUUACAUACUUGGGGGGGCAGGGGGUAUGAUCAUUCAAAUUUGUCAGGGUUGUUAACAACCCUCUCUGGCAUGUCAAAUUUAGAAGACAUUCUCCCUUUACAGGGACUUCAAUGGUUGGUUAAAGAUUGUGCCUAUGCCUAUUUUAGAGCUGUACUCUGUUGGAUUUCAGUAUGGGCCAUAAAUAGUCACUCCUUUUUUAAUAGUCGUGAAAUCAUGAGUAUAAAUCAAAGGGUUAAUUAGUGCUAUUUACCAAAUUCACCACUAAGUAGAGAAUCCUUAUUACUUUUGUGGGAUAUGUUGUGGUUGCAUUUUUCAAUUGUUCCGAAUUGCUUUUUUAAUGUAAGAAAGCCCCAAAUGACAAGCUGUAACACACAAAAAGUAUUUUUGAGUAUAAGAUUAUACUUUAUUUCCCCACUGUAUUCAAAACAAAAUGAAUGUUUUUUUUCUGCCUAUGGCAUGAAUGAAAUUUACCCCUGUCACGUUCUCAAAGCAUUUCAGUAUUGAUCUGCAGAUGUCCUUUUGCACCACAUUAUCCUCAAGAGGAGCACAGGGUAGACCACUAGGCUCGUUGGGACAGCUUUCCUUCCAAGUGUCCUUGCGUGUUAUGGACUGUGCAGGACUCCCUGUAGCCUUUGUGGCCUCCGUACCUCACAUGUCCGCAAUGUAUGAAACACAGUUCAAACACACUGAGCGCUCAUCACACUAAUCAAAGUACUAACUCUUUAUAGACUAAACUGCAGUCUGUCUUCAGCACGAGCGAUUUGUACAUCUGAUUUAAAAAAAAAAAAAAAAAAAAGUGUCUAUGUAUGAACUUGAAUUUUAAAUUAUUCUUGUUUUUUUUAUUAUUAUUAUUAAAAGCACAGCUAUUUUCGGGGGGAAAGUAAAUAUUUGUUUUAUUUCAUAUCCCUAAAAAUAAAAUGUGUGUGGUCAGAGAAUAAAGAAUUGUUUUACAGCAGGUGUGGGGAACCUACGGCCCGUGACAUUUGAUCUGGCCUGAGCAAUUCUAAAAACAAAACUUCAGUGGAACUGUCAUACAUUUUGUACGGCCGUCUGAGUACUUUAUUUAAAAAAUAUAUAUAUUUUAAAACUCAAUUGGCCCCUGAUAGGAAAAAGGUUCCCCAGCUCUGUUUUAGACUGAGGCCUAUCCAUCUGCUUUCUGAAUGUAUUCUUCAGUUCUGAAGUCAUCAAAUAUUCAUCAGCAUGAGUGUCUCAUCUCUUAAGGUGCCAUCACGUUUAUUUUUUCACAAUUGAUCAUUGACCCGCAUUUGUAGUCUAAACUGCUCUUUCAUUCAGCACAAGUUGCAAGAAUUGUACAUGUCCAAUAUGUGCACACAUAGAUCAUGUUUAUUUGGGCUCACAGCUUAAUGUACACUGGAUAAGGCCUCAGACCGUAAAUUAUUGGCACAUGUUGUAUGUACAAGGCUAACAUUUGCAUAUAAGAACACUGCAGGUCCAUAACACAUACAUUUACACAUACUGUGAGUCUCAAAUAAUGGAAGCGAAUUUGUCGUUUUUCUGUGAUUCUUGGUGCCUUUUAUGUGAGCAAAUUACUUGCAAGAAUCAACAGCCUCAUAAAAACAUUGUGCCAUAUUUCUUUGCAUUACACAUUUAAGACUGACUCGACACUUAUCCUGAGCUGCUUAAUUUGUUCUCUAAUAUAUCGUUUCAUUCUAUUGGUUAUCUAGUUUCCUGUAUGUUUAGUGCAUCUCUAUGACUUAGUCUCAUCAAAAAUUGAAAUAAAAUUGUCACCAUCCUUCAAGUAUACUGGAGUAGCAGGGUCUUUGAAUAAAUUGAGCUCCAUUUUUUUUUUUUUUCAUCUCUCGUAGCUGAAACAAUGCUGAAUUGACCACAAAGUGUUCUCACGACACUGCAUUGUUUUUCCUGGUCUAGCAUUCAUUGUACUGAUUUGUUUUUUCUCUACGCUUCUACUCCAUGUCUUGGAAAGCGCUCUGUAACUCAUCAUUAUACCAAAGUGGUACAGGUGCAAUGAAAGCCAACGCUCACAGUCAGACACGCCAUAAUGGAAUAUGUGAACCUAAGCAUGGAUUAAAAAAAAUUAAAAAAAGACAUGUUAACACACUUUUUUUUUUUUUAUUGUACAUUUUUUUUAUUUAAAGCUCACAUAUAUUACUGUGAAGUUUUGCUUAUC